GUCGGUCUCCAGCAACAUUCAGUGCGGCUCCACGAGGCGGAGACGACCUACAUCUCGUGCCGGGAUGCUUCCGAUAGAAACAACGAUGACUUUGGAUCAUGAAGACAGACAUCUCUACUCUAUCUACACACCCCAUGCCCCUGCGUGUCCAGAGCCAUAUGGCCACAGUCCUGAACUCUAUGGUGUGAACUAACACCUCCCCCCUCAACCCCCACCACCCUUCACCAUUCACAGACUUCAACGGAUUUUAAUAGGUGCGGGGAGAUGAUGGACAGUUCCGCCAGCCUAUCAGGGGAGACUCUGUUCCUGCGUCAGGCCGCUCUGCUGCUGGAGCGCCAGACUCCCGCGUGGAAGCUGUGCAGUGCCGUGCAGCGACCCGCUCGACCGUGCUCCCUCAACCUCACAUACACCAUCUCCCUCCCUGUGCCACCACAGCAGCAGCAGCAGCAGCAGCAGCAACAGCAGCAACAGCAGCAGCAGCAGGAUCCAUUCAGGGAGGCUCUAAGCAGUUUAGCGGAGUCUAAGAAGGAGGGUGGAGGAGAAGACGCAGAGGAGGAGAGGGAGGAGGCGCACCUGCUGUUGGAGCGAAUGCGGGCCUGCUCCUCACCAGCUCCCGAUCUGAGUGGCGGGAGUUCCCCGACGGGCUUCGACGCGAGCAAGGAGAAGGUCGUCAUCGGGGACAGAGGCACGCCACGAUGGAUCAACCCCUUCAUCCCCGAGGAGGAGAGGAAGGAGGAGGAGGACGAGGAGGAGGAGGAUGAUCUGGAGGGGGAUAACUUGCACAAGUACCAAGAGGACUUCUCCUUCCAACUGCACGGAGACACCAGGGCCGUGGAGGAGGUUGAGCCAGCGUGUCCGGUGGAACCUGUCCAACACCAUGGUUCUGAAAGCGCGGAUACGCGCAGAACCAUGUGGAGCCAGGAGAGAGGUGUGUCGAGAGAGCUGGAGAACCUCAGCCAGCCGGGGCUCGAGUUCCGUCCACGGUGUGACUCGAGAGGCACCCCGAUGCUCAUCGACUGUGGCGAGCUGGAGUGGGGAGGGUCGGGGAACAGCAACGGUGGAGUCUCCAAAGAGAAGCCCUCCCAAGCGUCUGGCCACGUGUGCCCUUGUGCUCUGGGCAAGCCGCGCAAACCGUCGGAAGGCUUCGUGGACAACGUCAGCGACUCCUCCUGCAACAGCUCCGAUGGAGUCCUCGUCACCUUCAGCUCCAUCUACAACAAAAGCAACAACGCCGUGCCCGUUAACCCAUUCCAGCUGGAAAGCCCAAUUCAGCCCUCGCACGGGACCAGCUCCUUGUCACAGGACGGGUCCAACUCGUCCCCCUACUGGUCGCCUCAGGGCACUGAUCCCAACUGCAACUAUCAGCUGGACUCCGAGGGCGUCCCGUCUCCGCUCUUCUCGGACCUCGCCACCGCGCUCCACGCUCAGACGCGGCUGACCUUGCCCUCUCAGAACUACUAUAAGCUGGUGACCUGCGACCUCUCGUCGCAGUCGUCCCCCAGCCCGGCCUGGUCGUCAGUGACCAGCUGCUCAGAAGGGGGCCACAGCCAGAGUAGCCCGACCCCGCCUGCCGAGUACUUCCUGUUCAGGAGAGACGACGGGGAGGGGAAGGCAGAGAGCCGACCAGAGGAGGAGCAACAGCAACAACGAGACAAAGAGCCAGUGGAAGACAGCACUAAAGACAGCAGCUCUGAGAACCCAUGUAAGAAGGUGAUCAAGGGAAAGACCUCCCUCACCUGCAGCUGUGACACCACCACAAAAUGCCUCCUCUCGCAUGUGACCAGCUUUGUAGAGAUUGCCCACUGCAAAAGGGGCACGAGAGACGCAUCCUCCCUGAAGACCAGUCCAGAAGAUCACCAAUCUCCUGCUCUAAACCCUCAGGGGCUCUCCACUGUUAAAGAUAGGGAGUGUGAAGGACAAAAUGCCUGUUCAGGAUCUAACUGUUCACCUUCGACUGUUAAUCAGCACAAUAAGACAUCUGUGCAUAUGGAUCCAGAGAACCUUCCAUCAACCUCUAAAAUGGAAGGGGCCUGUUCGUCUUCGUCUCCGGGGGUGGUGCGCUUCAGUAAGGACCAGAGGCCCACCUCUCUGCCUAUCCAGCCCUUCGUGCUGCAGCUGCCUCCGGGGAAACAGCAGAAGCCGCUGGGCUCGCUCCUCAACCAGUACCUCGGCCACGGCAAGCCCAGCAGCAGCGGCGGCACCCCGCACAGGGGCAGGGGCAAGGGCAAGGGCAAGGCGGUGCCCAGCUUCCUGCGCCCCUCGCCCCUGGGGGGGUACUCCGCACUGCACCUGGAGGCAGCCUCCAGUUCAGACACCUGCUCCACCUGCACCCCGAGCCCCGUCCCGUUCCCACACCCACACCGCUUGGCCUGGGGCUUCCACCGCCAACAGCGGCAACGUCACGACAGCCCUCCCGACGCGCAGUGCCACCUGGACAGUACAACCCAAAGCGGCUCAAGCUCAAACCCUUUUAGGCUAUAUGUGUCUCAGAGUAGCCCAGACGAGGCGCUCGACUGCCAGAGCAAGCGCAGUGAAGACGCCAUGUCUCCUCCAGCACGGACUGGUGCCAAACGGAGCCCGGACGCAUCAAAUCCCAUAAGCAGCCCGAGGCCUGCACUCACUCUGCCUGCUCAGCAGCACGCACUAGAGCUGAGUCCCAAAAUGGCUGACCCCUUUCAACCCCUUGGCCCAGCUUCACUCGAGGCUGAGCUGAGUCAGGUGGCGGAGCCUGUGCCUGUCUGGGACAUGUGUCAUCGUGGCCCGAGCCCCGCUGUGACCUCGGUGACCUGUCUGAACACCCCGCCCUGCUUGUCGUCCUGUCCGGUGGAGAGGCCCGUGGCCCAGUGCAGCACCAGUGCCGUCCUCAGCACCACACCCUUCUGCAGACCGGCCCUGCCCAACCGUUUCCAAGGGAGACAGCCUCAGCCUUACCAUCAGCAAGGUGACUCAUUCUUGCUGACGGACAGGCCGCCGGAAGAGUUCUGCCUCUCCCCUGACGCCUCCUCCGAGUCUCUCUCCAUCGACCUGCUGCAGAAAAAAGCCCUGCUUAAAGCUGUGAGCUCGGCAGUGGAUUUGAUCUCCACAUAUUUUGAACACCCAAGACGUGAUGCAGAUGAAAAGCUCCAGCUUGGAAACAGUACCUUAAAUCCCAACAUUGCUCUGCUGGUUCUGAACAAGCUGUGUCCAGCAAUCCGAAACAUUUUACUGGACGGUCUGCGGUCGUACAAGCUGGACCUGAUUGUGGGACAGCGCCGCAACCAACCUUGGGACAUUGUUCUGGCUUCAACACAACCAGGCCCCACCACUCGAGUCCUGCACAGUCUGGUCUCUGUGGUGAGCAAGUGUUCCCAGCUCACCAAGCACAGCAUGAGGUUCAACGCCUUCAUUAUGGGGCUGCUCAAUUUACGAGCACUGGAGUUCUGGCUUAAUCACCUGUACACAUGUGUAGAUGUGUUGCGUCCUCUCUACCACCACUGGGGUCUGGUCCCACUAUGGCAGGGGCCAUGUCGCCCCCACCUCCACGAGCUCCUGCUCCUCCUGGAGCCGUUGGCUGCCCUGCCCUUUGACCUCCACCUCCUGUCAGAAGCCCGCCUCCUCAAGCGCACUUCCUCCUUGCUGGCCCAAUCAGCUUACUCCUCCCUCCAGAUGUCAGCCAUUUCAGCCAAUCCGAACAAGGGAGGCGAACAGAGGAAAGAGCAGUUGGAGAGCACUGAGAGGAGAGUAAAGAGAGAGAGUAGUUCUGUUUACACGGCGUUACCGAGCCCGCAGACAUUCAUGCAGCACAUCUCUCUGGGGCCGCAGACAAACAGUGCGCAGAGUCAGAGUCGGCCACUAGGUGGCAGCAGCGGUCAGUCAGAUUCUGCUGUCGGUUGGUGGCUACAGCAGCCAUCGGUGGUGGAAGGAGUGAUGGCGCCCUCUGUGGACACCCAGGAGAACAGAUGGAGUGAGGAGAGGAGGGAGGAGGAGUGCGGGAGAGGGAUGGAGAGAAGAGAGGAAACCCUGGAGGAGAGGUCCCCACAGGAGCUUCGCUGGGCGCGGCUGUUUGGGGCUAGAGUUGGCGCCCCCAUCAGGAGAGAGAGUAAACAGCAAGGCCCCAACAAGACCCAGAAGAACAGGCUGCCGUCUCAGUGGUUGAGUUUGGACGGGUCAGGUCUAGAACUCCUGGCCCAGAGUGUUUGGUCCAGCCGGCGACAAGAAACCUAUCCUUUCCCCAACCACACCGCUGACAUGGCGGAACGGAACCGACACUGACCAAUCACAACCUUCCUUUCGUUCCACGAAUGGAGAAUGUGAACACCUAGACUCCAUCCUGUGUGAUUGAUCACCAUCACAAUCAAACAAACAAACAUUACAAGAGGAACACCUAGUGACUCUAUACAAAACUGUUGCACCAUCCACCAACCCCACCACCACCAUGUGAAGGAAAAAUCCUGAAAAGGGGGGGGGGGGGGCAUAAUCCAUAAUGUCUGUGAAUUCAGGUACAACAAAAAACAACGAUGAGCACAGACACACAGACCAAAGUCAUGUUAUUCAUUAUUAAGAAGAGAAGCACAGCAGAAACUAACAUGGUCACUAUCACCACCAUGUUUGAUGUUUGAUCACGUCACCAAGGAGGCUGAAUGGAGGAUAAAGAGAUAGAUCUGUUAAUAUCAGGAUAAAAUCAGUUUGUUUCUGUGGAACUGGAAGUGUCUGCCAUGUUUCCAUGUUUGUCAGAAGAGUGGUGCACCCAAUGGACCUGUACUCCACGUACCGAACAUGAACAUAAACCACAUAUGAUAUGCCUCAUAUUGUGGCCUGUGCCCCCUAAUCCCCCCCCCCCCCCCCCAUUUUCCCAUCCUCCAAUACCUGAAUGCUGCCUUGCAAACCUUCCUUGGUCUCGUGAACUUGUCCGUCCGUGUUCAAAAGCAUGACGAUAUUCACGUAGGUUGGCAUGUCAAAAGAGAAUCGUUGUUAUAUUUUUAGGGGUAAUGACAGUUUUUUCUUUCUUUCUGGACCUGCUAGAUGUAUGUGCACUGCAAUAGAUGAAGUGAUAAUGACGUUAAUGACAGCAUUUAUGAGUACAUGCUCUGGUAACUUUUACAGUAUUGCGCCCCCAUGGGGUUGGCUAGUGCCAGUCUUAUCAAAAAGCAGAAGAAUUAUGAAAGAUUAAGAGUAAAUAUUUGAUGGUCUCCCAUGGAAUACUAUUGUGUUAACUGUUUUUUGACAGUGGUGAUUUUUAAAAGAACUUCCCUAGACUUUCACAACCUAGAUGAAAACCACCCCCAGAGAGUGUUGAAGAGUGUUCAAUGGCAAUACUACAAUGUAUUUAUGGCAAUAAAGAUGUGUUCAUCUCCUAACUCAUCUAGUUGAAAUUUUGUUGGACUAUCUUUAACCCUGUGAAAUUAUUGUGAAAAUUGUCACUUGAUGAG